AUGGACCACACCAGCGGCAAAGCGUCUGAUCCCGAGAGGAGGGCCUCGGUUAGGACGUCGAGGAGGAUAUCAAUGCAGCAAGAGGGCGGAGGAGGAGUGUUACUGGACGUGGACGACGACGAUUAUGCUCUCUUGGCUUUGGGCAUCUCGGAUGGGUUCCGGCCCCAGCCCAUGAACACCGCCGACCUUGACGAUCCACAAACCUCCCGUGUCCAUGUCUCAACCGACGCGCCCUACGUCCCCGAGGAGACGCCAUAUGAGGGCCCUUCUGCACCUUCUCAUCCUUAUCAGAUGUACUCGCAAAACCCCCGGCUGGCAAGGACAUCAAGUGUCACGACCACUUCAUCCACGCCCACGACAAGGCCCGAAUCCGAGUACACUGGCCCCAGCGGCCCCACGCAUCCCUACUCUAUGUACCCCCAGAAUCCCUUUGUUGACACGAGCAGUCAAGUAUCUGUGCCCGCGGUGCCCGCCAUCCCUGUCGGCUUUGCCAGUUCCUCAGAUCCUUACCAACGCCGCAUCGGGCCAGAGGGCGAGGAAGCAGGUGACAUCAUUGGCCCAGAUGGACAUACCGAGGAGCUACCACCAUACACGAGAUACCCGGAUGAAUAUUAUAACCGGAAAAUACGAGACACUGAGGAGCGUCAGAGCGGAGGGCCUUCGGUCGCAGCAGCCGCGGUACCACUAAACACUACGAGGGCGGUAUCAGGUGCUGGUGGGCUAGGACUGGCUGCUCGAAACCCAGAGUUCGAUUCAGUUGAAGACAUUGGCACUCCACAGUCACGGCAGUCCGCCAGGAGCUUCACCAACGAGAGCCACCACGAGAUCAACACUGCCGCGGCAGCAGAAGUGUCCGAGAAACCGCAACUCAACAAGUUCCAGAAAUUUGCGAAAAGGAAAGCUUGCGGCGUGGUACCUUACUGGGCCAUAUGCAUGACGGUCACCGCCGUUGUCGUGGUCAUUAUCAUCGUUGGGGCUGUGGUUGGGACUCUGCUGUCCAAACAUAAGAAGCCACCUCGAAAGGGCAACUCUUCACAAUUUCAGGAUGGCGUUCCGACAAUGACCAUAACCUACGAUGCUACUCCCAUCCCGACCCCUACCGAUCUACCUCCACUCCCGACAGGCGUGUAUGGCCUGCCUUUGAGCCUCAACAAGUCACCCAACACUUGUUUUGAGAACACGGCCCAGAGUUCAGCAUGGACUUGCAACCUCAUAUUUGGGCAGGCAGUCCACGUUCAGAUGACGAUUAGCAGAAACGCCCCUCAGCUCGGUGAGGAGGGUAACUACGAUAUAUUCCUUGAGACUAACACGUCUUUCCCGGGCGGGGACCGCAAAAACCUACUGGCUUAUGGUGCUCAGCCACCUGUCAUCCAACCUGCCAUGGGCAUGCAGCUGGUCAACGACACAUUUGACAAGGAGCGCGGCCCAGCAUGGUUUAGGAUGCUGCCAUACAACAAGACUGUUGUUGUUCCAGAAGAUCUGUUGUCAACAGAUAGCACUUCAAAGAUCCGGCGGAACGGAGGCAAUUUCAUGCCAGGUCCCGGGGACUUCCAGCGCAAAGAUGUCGCACCAUUGGGCAGCAAACCUUGGAUCUGCAAUUGGCCUGACACCUUUGUUGAGGUGUUCAUAUAUGCGGAACAGAACAGCAGCUACGCUUCCCAGACGAAAGCGUCAACCGGUACGAUCACGCCACCACCGGGACCGACACCUACUUCAUUCCCGACGCCAACGGGCUCCGGCGCUGCAUCAGCGGUCACAAGCCAAGUGAUUGAUUUCAUGCCGUUCGCUCCCUACCCGAGGGCCGUCAAGGUGAAAGAGCGUCGCAUUGACUCGGCACCUGCGCCAUACUGCGUUCAGGUGAGGGUGAUGCCGGAUAACACCACGCAACCCGUUACGAACGACGCUGGCGAACCGGUAAUUGUAUACAUCAAGGAAGACGAGCCGGGUCCAGUAAUGCCAGAAGCAGAGCGGAAGGGGAAAUACGGCAACGGGCACUUCAAGCAAAAGCGGGAGCGCGAUGCUCUGCGGGGAUUCUUGUACCCUCGGGACAGCGGCGGCGACGGUGACAUGAGCAACUGCGGGUGCAUGUGGUUCUCAUCGUGA